AUGUCCACCGUCGAAGCCGAAAAGACCGUACCGGAGAACGAAGAAGGUAGCGUUAGAUACGCUGCCUAUGCCAACAGACUCAGAACCAUCCUUCGUGCCUCCCACAGGUAUGUCGCUUACACUUCGGAUAUCGGUGAAUCCUUCAGACCAGUGGCCCAUCCGUACUUGGUGACAUUGGGGUACGGUGUGUCGUGGGCGUACUUGUUGUGUGACGUGAGUUAUGCUUCGUGGAAGGUCAAGAUGAAGACGGAGGGCCGUUACCAGCCGGGCCUUUUGCCAUGGCAUACUGUUGAAGCAGAAGGCGAUAAGGCUGAGGCUGACAAGUACAAGCGUGAGGUGGGCAAUUCCUUGUCUGAGACCGACUGGAGGGUCCAGUUUGCCAAGAGAGGUAUUUUCCAGGGUUUGGCUUCCAUGGGGUUGCCUGCGUUGACCAUUCACUCUGCUGUUCGUUAUUCGUCUGUUCUCUUUAAGAACGUCAAGACCAAGGCCCUCAAAACAUACGGUCCCGUGUCCAUUGGUUUAGGUAUUGUUCCUCUUUUGCCAUACAUCUUUGAUGAGCCUGUGGAACACGCCGUGGACUAUGUCUUCGACAAGGGUGAGCACUUGUACAGACAAAAGUUGGAGUAG